UUGCAGGCUCCGUUAACGCAAAACGAUCGGCCGUGGGAUCGCCUUGCUAAGCAGUACUAUCAAAAAUGUGUCGAUGAAGAAGAUUUAGAAGCUACGGGUGUUGAGUCAGUGCAAAAACUGCUACAACAAUUAGGCGGAUGGCCGGUGCUUGAAAGCUAUGAAUGGAAAGCAUGGAAUCAUAGCUGGGAGAGGCAACUGGCGCAUGUUAUGAAUCGGACAGGUGUGAAUGCAAUGAUUCUGGAACUGGCCGUGUCUCACGACCCAUUAAAUAGUUCGAAAAGCAUCAUUGAGAUUGAUCAACCGAAAUGGGGAGUCGGCUCCCGUUGGCCGUAUCUGGCUGGCAUACACGACCCAAUAAUUCAGAACUAUACAUCACUGAUGAUCCAAACUGCUAUGAAUAUAGGGGCUGACCGAGCGAAUGCAGAAUAUGACAUGAGGCAAGCAAUUGAAUUUGAGUUACGACUGGUAAAUUUUUCGGCAGACGAAAUGACGCGGCGUGAUCCAGAGCGUAGCAACAACCGAUACCAGCUUUGGCAACUGCAUGACGUUUAUCCGCACAUAGAUUUGGUCGGUUAUAUUAAAACAGUUUUCGAUGGCCUUGAAAAUGUUAGUCCAAACGAUACGAUAAUAAUCCGGGAACCGGAAUAUUUUCGUCGAAUGCAGAAAGUGAUGCGACGAUCCAGUAAGCGGGUUAUUGCCAAUUAUAUGCUAUGGCGAGUGAUUCAAGGAUAUUCUCCGUUUCUACCACGUCUUAUGCGGGAGCCAUUUUACGCAUUCAAAGCCAAUCAGACCGGCAUGUCUAGUAUACCAGUUCCUGAUCGGUACAAAUUUUCUCCAAAUUUACCAGUUAUUUUGACAAUUGUUAUGAUCGAUAUGCCUGUUGGAAGGAUGUAUGUUGAGAACUACUUUGAUCAAACGAGAGCCAUGAGAAAGAUGAAUGAUUUAACGAAACAUUUCAAAAACGAAUUAAUCAAACAGCUAGAAGCCGUUGACUGGAUGGAUGAGGGAACACGAAAACGAGCAAUUCUCAAGGCAGAACAUAUCAAUUAUAAGAGCGGAUUUCCUUCAUAUCUUUUUAAUGAAACCUAUAUGAUGGACAACUGGCAGUUGCCCGAAACUUCAAAGCUAGAGCCGUUGCUGGAAUUCACAAUACGCAUCAAGCUGGUUCGUGUUGCCGAAGAAUUGAUGCGGCUAAAAAAACCGGUUGAUAGGUCAUUAUGGUUCCAAGGUCCAGCACAAGUAGAUGCUUAUUAUGCACCGAAUUUAAAUGAGAUGAGUUAG